AUGAGGGACAUUGUGGCGGCGACCUUCGCCAACCCGGCCGCCCCGCAGGCACCCGCGCGCAACCCUUCCCCCGACAACGCCCCACACAAACCUGCCUCCAUCCCCUCCUCCAUAGAGACGUUCAACUCCCACCGUAAAAUUAGACGACCCAAGCUCGGCGAUAAGAAAGUGUACCGGCCGGUGCGGCGGAACACGCUCUCCAGGAUAGACGAGGCGCCGCCGCAGACCAGGCCGCGCUCCAAGAGUCUGCAGAUCUCCACGGACUUCUCAUCGACGCGGCCGAUGGUGCGCUCUCGGUCUAACAUGUCUAUGGACACGAGUCGGAGCAUACCCGCCUGCAGCUACAGCACGCAGAACCAGCUGGAGACGAGCAGCCCGCAGUACGCGGAGCCCCGCGGCUACGACUCCUCGUCGUCGUGCGAGCGGCCCGCCUCCAUGACCGACCUGCCCAUCAUGAUCCCGCUGGACCCCGUCACCGGCGCCUACAUCCCCUACCCUGAGUACUCCUACUAUCAGGAUGACGUCGGCCGCGUCAAUCGCUACAAGUGGAAGCGCAACAGAGGCACAAAGACCUCGAAAUCCAACAAUCUUUUCUUAGCGUUCAUGUAUUAAACGCGCGGUUAUUACAUGUUAUGAGUUUCGAUCGAACGCCGUACAGUGUAUGAAGCCCAUAUCAAACUCGUCUUUCGCUUUGCAAAACAAUCAUACACUGCUUUCGUAUGGGCGAACCCGAAUCUGGUUGAAUGACGAAAUACUUUUGCAUUGGCACCAUUUUAUAAAAGUUAGCGAAGAUCCGUUUGAAACGCUUCUCGAAUGUUCUCGAAGGACCUUUUUAAAGGGACCUUCGCUCGGACCUCUGAGGCACGGCUUUACGAAACUCUUAACGGCACCGGACCUUUAGAAUUUACUGAUUUAAAUACGUAUUCGAUUUCGAACAAAUUAUUUCCGAGAAUGUUUUAGAUUUUAAUAUGAGACGUAUCGAUGUUAUUGCGAUGGGUGAAUUUAAAAUAAUUUAGGAGUAAGUCGAAGCACUCGACUCCGCCAUAAGUUUAUCGAGGAACAAAAAUAUUAUAGGUUUUAAGAUGUUUGAUAGAUAUAAUAUCUCUUCAUAUGAAUGUAACGGGUGAUUGUGGAAUGUAAUUCGGAUUAGUGCCUUUCGAUAAUAUAAAUGCUCACUCUAUUACUUUAUUAUUUAGAAUAUACAUAUCCUAAAGUAGUUUAGUUUAGUUCAAUAUGUAUUUUUUAUAAUCGAUUGUCAUGUCUAUUUGUUUCUAAAGACGUAGGAAAAUGAUUUAGUGAACAUAAUUUGUAUUAUAUUUUGAUAAUUUUAUAUUGUCUUAGAAUAAAGGACAAGAGAAACUGACUGAGGAUUUAGUUCCGUCCUUACAACAUCGAACUUUUUGCUUGAAACCUUUGUUCAAAUAUUUUCUACGCUUUAGACGGAAUAGUUAUCUUAGGUUUUUUUUUUUGUAAAUGUAU